CGUAAAACAGCGGAGAAGCGGAAGCAGGGAGAGACAGAGUGAACCCCCCUGCUGCAUAAGGCAAAGUGAUUCAAACCGACGAAAUGGCUGAGCAAGGCGUGCCAACCACCACGGGCAACACGCUCGACGUCGAACGCGGCGGCGGUAGCGGCGCACCACCGCAGCCCUCGAGCUCGGAGCAGCGUCGCGACUCGCGGCGGGUGUCCCGCGUCUCCUACAAGGAGGACUACGCCAACCUCGACGAGUACGGCAAGCUGGUCAAGUAUGCCUCGACCUACCGCGAGGGUGGCCGAGGCGACGAAGGGCAGGGCGAGGAGGAGAUGAAGCGCGUGUGGUACGCCCCCUGGAAGAAGCGCAAGGUCUUCGUCAAGCACGUCGACCAGCAGCAGGGCUUCCCGGAGGAAUGGCUCCUUACGGACAUCCGUCGGGGCCUGUCCAGCGGCGAAGUGCCGGACCGCCGGCGUCGCUCGGGCUGGAAUGAAUUGACCUCCGAGAAGGAGAACCCCAUCGCCAAGAUCCUGUCCUACUUUCGAGGUCCCAUUCUUUAUGUCAUGGAACUGGCCGUGCUUCUUGCCGCGGGUCUGGAUGAUUGGAUCGACUUCGGUGUCAUCAUCGGUAUCCUCUGCUUGAACGCGGCGGUGGGUUGGUACCAGGAAAAGCAAGCCGCGGACGUGGUCGCCAGCUUGAAGGGCGAUAUCGCCAUGAGAGCCACGGUCGUUCGUGAUGGCCAGCAGCAGGAGAUUCUCGCUCGGGAGCUUGUCCCGGGUGACGUGAUUAUCGUUUCCGAGGGCCAUGUCAUUCCCGGCGAUGCCAAGGUGAUCUGCGACUAUAACGACCCCGAUGGAUUCGAGGAGUACAAGAGAAUGCUGGAGCAAGGUGAUCUCAGCAGUACCUCCGAGUCCGAUCUCGAGGACAACGAGCCCGAGAAGCUGGGCAAGCAAGCCGAGGUCGGCGGCGGGGAGGACCCCGAGAAGAGCCAGCCGCCGUCCAAGCCCAAGCGCGGAUACCCCAUCCUGGCGUGUGAUCACUCGGCGAUCACCGGUGAGUCCCUGGCCGUGGACCGCUACAUGGGCGGGAUGAUCUACUACACCACCGGCUGCAAGCGCGGCAAGGCCUACGCCGUGGUGCAGACCGGGGCGAGAAACUCGUUUGUCGGCAAGACGGCCAGCAUGGUGCUGUCCGCCAAGGGGGCGGGCCACUUCGAAAUCGUCAUGGACAACAUCGGCACGUCGCUGUUGAUCCUGGUGAUGGCGUGGAUCCUGGCAGCGUGGAUCGGCGGCUUCUUCCGCCACAUCCCCAUCGCCUCGCCGGGCCAGCAGACGCUGCUGCACUACACCCUGGCUCUGCUGAUCAUCGGUGUCCCCGUCGGCCUGCCGGUGGUCACGACGACAACCAUGGCCGUGGGCGCCGCGUACCUGGCGAAGAAGAAGGCCAUCGUGCAGAAACUCACAGCCAUCGAAUCCCUAGCAGGCGUUGACAUCCUCUGUUCGGACAAAACCGGCACCCUGACAGCCAACAAGCUCAGCAUCCGGGAGCCCUACGUGGCGGAAGGCGUGGACGUGGACUGGAUGUUCGCGGUGGCGGUGCUGGCCUCGUCGCACAACAUCGAAUCUCUCGACCCGAUCGACAAGGUGACCAUCCUCACACUCCGUCAAUACCCGAAGGCGCGCGAGAUCCUGCGCCGCGGCUGGAAGACGGAGAAGUUCACGCCGUUCGACCCGGUGUCGAAGCGCAUCGUGACGAUUGCCAGCUGCGACGGCACGCGGUACACGUGCACCAAGGGCGCGCCCAAGGCGGUGCUGCAGCUGACCAACUGCUCCAAGGAGACGGCGGACCACUACAAGACCAAGGCGCAGGAAUUCGCGCACCGCGGGUUCCGCUCGCUGGGCGUGGCCGUGCAGAAGGAAGGCGAGGACUGGACGCUUUUGGGGAUGCUGCCGAUGUUCGACCCGCCCCGCGAGGACACGGCGCAGACGAUCACGGAAGCGCAGAACCUGGGUAUCAGCGUCAAGAUGCUGACGGGCGACGCGAUCGCGAUCGCCAAGGAGACGUGCAAGAUGCUCGCCCUCGGCACCAAGGUGUACAACUCGGACAAGCUGAUCCACGGCGGGCUGAGCGGGGCGAUGGCGGGCGACCUGGUUGAGAAAGCCGACGGGUUCGCGGAGGUCUUCCCCGAGCACAAAUACCAAGUCGUGCAGAUGCUGCAGGACAGGGGCCACCUAACCGCGAUGACCGGCGACGGGGUCAACGACGCGCCCUCCCUGAAAAAGGCCGACUGCGGCAUCGCGGUCGAAGGCGCGUCCGAGGCGGCGCAAUCCGCGUCGGACAUCGUCUUCCUCGAGCCAGGCCUCUCCACGAUCAUCGACUCCAUCAAAGUCGCGCGCCAGAUCUUCCACCGCAUGAAGGCCUACAUCCAGUACCGCAUUGCACUGUGCCUGCACUUGGAAAUCUACCUAGUCACAAGCAUGAUCAUCCUCAACGAGAGCAUCCGCGUCGAACUGAUCGUCUUCCUGGCCCUCUUCGCCGACCUCGCCACGGUAGCCGUCGCCUACGACAACGCCUCCUUCGACCUGCGGCCGGUGGAAUGGCAACUCCCGAAAAUCUGGUUCAUCUCCGUGCUGCUGGGCCUGCUCCUCGCCCUGGGCACAUGGGUCGUGCGCGGCACCAUGUUCCUACCGUCCGGCGGGAUCAUCCAGAACUGGGGCUCCAUCCAAGAAGUCCUGUUCCUCGAGGUCGCCCUCACCGAGAACUGGCUCAUCUUCGUGACCCGCGGCAUGGACACCUGGCCGUCCAUCCAUCUCGUGACUGCCAUAUUGGGCGUCGACGUCCUCGCCACCAUCUUCUGUCUGUUCGGCUGGUUCAGCAACGAGGAUAUGCCGACCAUCCCGAAAGACCAGUUCGUGGAAACCACCAACGGCUGGACGGAUAUCGUGACCGUCGUGCGGGUGUGGGGCUACUCGCUGGGUGUCGAGAUCGUGAUCGCCCUCGUGUAUGUCAUGCUGAAUAAGUUCCAGUGGCUGAAUAAUCUGGGCCGCGCCAAGCGCGAUAAGGGUGACCUCAAGAUUGAGAAUCUGUUGGGCCAUUUGGCCCGGCUGACGGUGGAGUACGAGGAGCCUGGGAAGCCGAAGGGCCGUUUCUCGUUGGCGGCCUCGAAGGAGGAGGAGGAAUUGGAGUGAUUCUCGGUGGAGAUCUACUAGGUAUGUGGUGGAGCGGGAGGGAGGGUGUUGGAGGACUAAUUGUGGUGAAGAGAGG